AUGGGCAAGCCAGAUACUGUGCAGGCGGAUGCCCGCCGCUUUCUCGACGAGCGUGGCACCAGCGCUUCUCUUGCGCCCAACGGACUAAACCCGGCCAUGAUUAUGGAAAAGGCUGUCAAGGACCGUAUUGUGGACUCGUAUUUCUACAAAGAGCAGUGUUUCGCCGUCAACGAGGCUGAUAUUAUCGACCGUGUUGUCGAGCACGUCUCAUAUGUUGGCGGCACCGGUGGUGCAACUCAGAAACCCAGCCCCUUCCUCUGCCUGGCGUUCAAGCUGCUCGAGCUUGCGCCCAACGAUGAGAUUCUGGGAGAGUACCUCUCAAGGGGCGGGGAGCAUUUCAAAUACCUGCGCGCUCUGGCGUGUUUCUACCUGAGGCUGACCAGGCCUGCCAAGGAGGUUUACGAAACGCUGGAGCCGUUUCUGGAGGAUAGGCGGAAGCUGAGGAGGAAGGGCAGGGCUGGUACCAGUCUGACCUACAUGGACGAGUUCGUGGAUGAUCUGCUCACCAAGGAUCGUGUUUGCGCGACGAGUUUAUGGAAGAUGCCGAAGAGAGAGACGCUGGAAGAUCUGGAAAUUCUGGAACCGCGGGUCAGUCCUCUGGGUGACCUCGAUGAUAUUCUCGAGACAGACGAUGAAGAGCAGAAUAAUGACGCAGAGAGAGAUGAGGAGGGAGAGAUCUCUGAGUCUGGGGAAAUGGAUGUGGAUGAAAAGGAGCGACCGAGGACAAGGAGUCGGUCGCCUUGA